UAAUGCUACCAAUCAUAGUAUAUAUACGAGUCAAAGUCUUAAGCUGACCAUAUACUCAAAAGUUCUCAAAUUCUUGAUUUUAUUGAGUUCUGUUCCUGUUCUACAAUAAAUUUGAACGAAAUUGUUAUUUUUCAUUAUCAAAAAAUAUAUAAUGAACUAUUUCCAUUUAUCCAGUUUUGAAAUACGGGCGCUAAUAAUUAUAAUUGAAGUAAAUGUGUUAUUGGUAACAUCAGAAUUAGUUCCGAUUCAAAAAGGGGAUCCGUAUGAGUGGCGAAACAUUGGAGAAAACGCCAAUUUCGAUAGAUUUAAUAGCAUAUACGCAGUAACUGUUAAGGAAGAACUGUUACGAAGUGACGGAUACUGUUCUAGUAAAUGUGAUGGAUUUGAAUCAUCGCGUCAAUCUGUCAUUCCACCGUUACUGAGUUAUCCGAAUUCUUGUAAAGGUGUAAUUCAUUACUGCUGGUAUCAGAAAGAAUCCGAAAGGCGAACGGCAAUGGAACAAGAGAAGCAGGACGCCGAGGGUUCAUCGCCCAAGGGACUUUCCGCUUAUAUAAAAAGUCAAGACGUUACACGUGAAUAUAACGAAAAACUACGUUAUAUUGGUAACGAUUGUACAUGUUUGUGCGAACGUACGCGUAAUGAUGAGGUUGAUCUGCGUGGUGAAUUAGUUGAUUCCAUUUGUUAUGAUCCUAUUUCAGUGGAUCAUGGAUAUGUUGCAACUGGCGUGAGAUUCAAAAGACAUGGUAACAUAAUUUACCUUGAACUUCAACAAGGCAUAUUAUCAGGAGGACAAAUUGAUCCCAAUAGUUUGAAGUGGAAAAGUUCUGAUAAAUGUAGUUCAGCAAAAAAAGUUAUUCAUGGUGGGUCACCUAGUUACGGUAGUCUAGAAAUCAUAUUAGAAGAUAUGAAAUUGCCAGAGAAUGCAGUCGUAACAGGCAUCACAUUCGGCCAGUCAUUGCGUGGACGCUAUGUUGAUGAUAACGGCAAUUUCAAUGAUAAUGUAGAUGAAAUUGUAAAGGAAAGUCAAUGUUCUGGGAGUGUCUCUAGCUUAUCGUCAGGUUGUUGGGGUUUUUUGUUACCGACGUCCUUGGUAGGAAAGAAUAACGAACUCAGUAAAUCAUGCGAAAAUAAAUUUUUAUUUUGUGGAUCUGAUGAGGGUUCUGGUUAUAUGCAACACGUUGUUCCGUAUGUUGACUUACAGGAGAUCGUUACCGAUCAAAGUUCACCUCAGCCUAUUCGUGGAAUCGGUUGGUAUUAUCGCAGUCACCCUGGCUAUGGAGGAUUUUUGGCUCUCAAGAUAUUCAAAUAAUUGUAAAUUUCGGCGAGAAAAAAAUAAAUGUCUCUACUUAAUAGAAGUAAAGUAAAUGAAUUUAAAUAAACUAAAAAUAAAAGGCUUUUUUUUACUAUCAUAAAUUUAUCUCAUUGAUUUUAAAUCAUUGUAUAACUGUUAUAAUUAUAUAUGUCGUUGGAAAGCUCACAAUUAUUCAUCUUUAUAAAAAAAUGAUUAAUUUCUAAAGCAGCAUUAUGUAAAAAUCUAAACUUUUUUGAGCUGCUAUCCGUGGAAAAUUACAACACAAAGAAAUACAUGUUCGUUUGCUGACACCUUGAAAAUAUCGUGCAUUAUUUUUGUAGUUACUACUUAAAAACAAAUUUUAAUGGUUUUUUAAAAGAUAAAUAUUCGUAUUCGUCCAAACUAUCGUGAUUCCGUUCGUACAAAUAAUCUUAGUAGCAAAAAAUUAAAAAAUGUUA